AUGAGCGACCAGAACUCGCCCUUUGGGGCCGGCACACCUCCCGCACCCGGCGCCGCCGCCAGCACCACCACCACCAAGGGCAAGGAGAAGAAGAGGGUCGGGUUCUCCAGCAGCGACGGCCAGAGCCGCCAGUCCCCCGAGUUCGACUACUUCAGCAGCCCCAACGUCGCCGCCGCCGGCACGAUGAGCACGGGCUCGACCCCCGGCGCCGAGGACAUCUCCCUGCGGCGCGACGACCCCGUCGACCACGAGGAGCUGUCCAAGGCCAUCAGCAAGAUCCUGUCGCCGCCGCAGCUCGUGCUGCCCGAGCCCGAGCCCUCCUACUUCCCCCGCCGCAACCGCCAGGAGCAGUCCUCCCGCGAGGCCAAGGAGCGCGCCGACCGCCUGGCCGAGAGCGUCGAGAAGCACUGGUCCGCGCCGACCUCGCGCCGCACCUCGCUCGACCGAGGAGACGCCCCCGACACCGAGGAGGACGAGGCCGUCUACGCCACGGGCAGGGCCCGCGCCAACUCCCGCGCCGCCGCCGAGCGCCUCGUCAGGGCGCACUCGCGGCGAAACGCCACCACCAAGAACCACUCGUCUUCGUCGUCGUCCUCCUCCUCCAAGAAGCGCCCGGGCGCGCUCAGCCUCGCCCCCGAUUCGCAGUUCAAGUACGACGCCGGCCUGCGCUCCGGGCAGACCACGCCCACCGGCCGGCAGCAGUUCGCGGACCACGAGCACGAGUACGUCCCGGCCCCGAGCAAGUACAACGGCGGCAUCCUCGCGUCCCUGCUGAAGCUCUACAACGAGUCCGGCGCCGGCGCCGGCGCCGGCGGUCCCUCGCGCAACGGCAGCCCCAGCCCCGGCCACAGCGAGCCGACCACCCCGAUCGAGACGCCCCGCCCGUCCCGCCCGUCCUCCCCGGCCUCCGGCACCACCACGCCCAAGCGCCACAGCGGCCUGUUCUCCGGGUACCGCAGCCACAAGCACUCGCAGUCCGCCACCGGCAUCGCCGGCCUCGUCGAGUCCUCCACCAUGCUCAGCACCCCCGGCCUGACCGAGUUCGGCGCCGCCGCCGGCGAGCGCUUCAAGCACCAGCGGCCCAAGAUGAAGCGCUCGCGGUCCAGCCUCUUCGGCGUCGGCGGCGGCGGCGGCGGCGGCUCCUCCUCCGCGAGCGGCACCGCCAGCCCCCGCACCGCCCGCCGCGACGAGGAGCAGAUCCGCAUCACCAUCCACAUCGCCCACGUCCUCAGCCGCCACCGCUACCUCAUCCGCCUCUGCCGCGCCCUCAUGAUGUUCGGCGCCCCGACCCACCGCCUCGAGGACUACCUGCGCAUGUCGGCCCGCGUGCUCGAGAUCGAGUGCCAGUUCCUCUACAUCCCCGGCUGCAUGCUCAUCUCCUUUGACGACAGCAGCACCCACACCGCCGAGGUCAAGCUCGUGCGCGCCCCGCAGGGCGUCGACCUCGGCCGCCUGCUCGACGUGCACGGCAUCUACAAGGAGGUCGUGCACGACCGCAUCUCGGUCGACCAGGCCAUCGUCAAGCUCGAGGCCGUCAGCGGCCGCCGGGACAAGUUCAGCACCUGGCUGCGCAUCCCGCUCUACGGGCUCGCCUCGGCCACCGUCGCGCCCUUCGCCUUCCAGGGCCGCUUCGUCGACAUGCCCGUCGCCUUCCUGCUCGGCUGCAUCGUCGGCGCCCUCGCCCUGCUCGUCGCCCCCUCCUCCGAGCUCUACGCCAACGUGUUUGAGAUCUCGGCCGCCGUCAUCACCACCUUCCUCGCGCGCGCCUUCGGCUCCAUCGGCGGCGGCAAGGUCUUCUGCUUCUCCGCCCUGGCCCAGUCCUCCAUCGCCCUGCUGCUGCCGGGCUACAUGGUCCUCUGCGCCUCGCUGGAGCUGCAGUCGCACAACAUCGUCGCCGGCUCCAUCCGCAUGGUCUACGCCAUGAUCUACACCCUCUUCCUCGGCUACGGCAUCACCAUCGGCGCCACCAUCUACGGCACCAUCGACAGCAGCGCCACCUCGGACACGCAGUGCUCCGCGCCCCUCGGCCGCCCCUGGUACUUCCUCUUCGUGCCCCUCUUCACCGUCUGCCUGUGCAUCGUCAACCAGGCCAAGUGGCGCCAGAUCCCCGUCAUGCUCGUCAUCUCGGUCGCCGGCUUCGCCGCAAACACCUACGCCUCGACCUACUUCAACAACAACGCCCAGAUCGCCAGCACCCUCGGCGCCCUGUGCGUCGGCGUCCUGGCCAACCUCUACUCGCGCCUGAGCCGGCACCUCGAGCGCGCCUUCUGCGCCCUCUGGGCCCGCCACCUCGGGCCCCGCGCCGCCCGCCUGCGGCGCUGGUGGCGACGCCGGCGCACGAGGCACCGUCCCGCGCACCACCGCCGCCAGCAGUCGCGCAGGGAGUUCUACAAGCUGCACUCGCGGGGCUCCUACUCGAGCGCCGACCUCGAGGCCGUCGGCGGCAGCAGCGGCGGCGCCGCGACGCCCGACGACGACGAGCUCGGCGGCGAACGACCCCCGGGGACGGAGACGGCCGAGGCCGAGGACGAGGCCAAGGCCGAGAAGCGCGCCCCGGGCAGCGCAGAGGUCAUCGGCUACAGCCUCGCCGCGGCGGCCAUGCUCCCCGCCAUCUUCGUGCAGGUGCCCUCCGGGCUCGCCGCCAACGGCAGCCUGCUGUCGAGCAUCGACACGGCCAACCAGAUCACGCACAACACGACGGGCAGCGGCGGCGCGCCGAGCCCCGAGAGCGGCAUGGUCAACAGCGUCGCCUUCGCCGUGCUGCUGAGCGUCAUCCAGGUCGCCAUCGGCAUCACCGUCGGCCUGUUCCUGAGCGCGCUGCUGCUCCCCACCCCCCUGCGUCCUCUCCCUCUGCCUCCUCCGCCGACCUCCAGCCCACCCCCACCAGCCGCCGCCCUUCUUCUCCGGAUCCUCUCCUCCCCUGGCCCCCCUCCUCCUCCCUCUGAUCACGGCACUGCUCUCGAUCUCCAGCCCGUCCCUCAGCCGCGCCGCCUGAUCGGGAAACCUCCGGGCGCAGACCUCGGCCUCGAACAGGGCGUCGAGCACGUCGGUGGGAAUGUCGUCCGUCUCGGGCAGGCAGAAGUACGCCCAGACGAAGAGCGCGAGCGCGCACGACGAUGGGAGGAACGCCGCGAAGCCGCGCAGGUCGGCGUGCCCCGCGUCGAGCAUGUACGGGCCCGCGGCGGCCUGCACCAGGUUCAUGAAGUCGUAGGCCGCGCGCGCAAGGGACAGCGUCUUGGCACGGAUCACGGGCGCCGUCACGUCGCAGACGAUCGAGUUGGUCACGGGGCCGAUCGUCGCGCCUAUUGUAGUAGACAAGGGGAAAUAGAAGAACCCCAUACCAAAGACAAAGGACCAGGCGAGGAGCAGGCCGGCUUGAGACCUUCUGGCAGAGUUGAAGAUACCGAGGCGGUAGGUGAUCUCCAAGCAGCCGGUGCAGGCCAAGAUGGGGAACAUGCCGGCAGUGCCUCCCAGAAAGAUCCGGCGAAGGCAAUCUGCAUGGGUGGCCUGCUCACCAAAGUUCAUGGCAAAGGAUUUGUCUUCCGGUAUACCGGCCAUCAUGAGGAAGAAAACAACCUGGCUUGCAAUGGCGAACCCAACCACGAGUUGGCUCAGAGAGCAGAUGACGGCGAGCAGAGUGCGCCGGCGGUUGUGUCCGCGGAAGCAGUCCAUGUACGUCCCUUGGAUCUUCAUGUUGACCGACUCUGCCCUGAUGGUCUGGAACAUCUGCUCCACCUGCUCGCGUAUCUCGUUCAUCGUCUCGCAGUCGGGCGUCAGAAACGCCAGCGAGCUGGCGGCGUCGUCGAGGCGGUUGUGCCGGAUCAGCCACCAGGGCGACUCCGGGGCGAACCAGCAGCCCAGCAGGACGGGGACGGGCAGGAGCCACUGCAGCGCGAUGGGGAUCUUGUACGCCCACUCCCCGCGGACGUCCGCCAUGGCGAACAGGACCCCGGACGAGAGAACCUGGCCGAUAUACCAGCACAGGUUGACGUAGCUCGUGAGGUAGCCCUUGAUGCUCGGCGGGCAGAUGUCGGCGGCGUAGUUCAUGGUGAUGGUGGCAAACAUGCCGGCGGGGACGCCCUGCAGCAUGGACCCAACCAGGAGGGCCUCGCGCGACGCGGCGAAGAAGUUGAUGAUGCUGAAGCCGCAAAAGGCGAUGACGGCGAAGCCCAUGCACUUGAGCGGCGGCACGCGGGAGCUGAGCAGGCCGCAGCUCAGCGAGCCGACGAUGGCGCUGCCGACGACGCCCAUCUGGAUCCCCAUCAGCUAGUUCGUGGGCAUCCGUUUGUGCACGGCGUCGUAGCUGUCGCUGUCGUAUUCGUCAAGGUACAGGUCGCCAAAGAUCUUGCUGAACUCCGGGUGGAAGAUGAGCGAGGUGAGCAGAGCCUGCGAGUAGCCGACCAAGAUGACGCUGAUGGCCAUCAGGACGGACCAGCCGACGGCGGCUCUGUGGCGGCACAGCGCCAGGCGGAGGAGGCUGCUCUGGUCCUGGCGCUGCCCGGGAGCCAUCGUGGUCAUGGUCCUUGGUGA